CAGACUGGAAUCGAAUCGAGGGGUUCGGAUUCGCUGUUGGACCCACCAGUGGAGCAAAAUGCCAGAUUGGAAUUCACAACUGGGCACUCUUCUCUUUCUCUGCCUGCUCUUCCGGGGUGCCCUGAGUGCCUGCACCACGAGCACCACCGAGGAGUGCUGCAAUGCCGGUUUUGUGCCGGGGGCGCGGCUGGCAGGGCAGGGUUAUGACGUGGUGACCCUGCAGCCCAAGGGAGCCUUCGUCAUCGACGUGAACACCUGGCGCACGGCCAACAGGAGCUGCACUCUCUGCGAUAAUGAGCUGCUCAAUGGCGUGCGCCAACGGCUGCCCAUCUCGCUGGUGGACUGGCGCACCCUGAGCUCCUGCCGGCGCUCAGUCUCCAGCCAGCUUUACCGAUCGGCCGCAAAGCUGGCAGAGUCCGCCAGCUCCUCCAUCACCAACAACUGGCACGUGGACCUCUCUGUGCAAAAGCCCGAAGUCGGUGUCAAUGUGGUGCUGGCUGGAUCCCAUUCCAAGAUGGUGGAGUUUGGCACCAGCCGCUCCCAAAGUGAUCACUACAGUUUCGCCAGUCACCAGUUCCAAUGCCUCCAUUACCAGUAUCGGGUGAAGGAAAAGCCCCUUCUGUCUCCCGAUUUCCAAUACUCUCUCUCCAAACUCCCAGCCAGCUCUGUUGGUCAUGACAAGUACCCUUAUCAGAAGCUGGUGGCUACCUACGGUACCCACUACCUCAAGUCAGUGGAGCUGGGCGGGCGCUACAAGGACGUGACGGCUAUUCGGACAUGCGAGGCAGCAUCCGAGGGCUAUACCACCGAGGAGGUGAAGGACUGCCUGUCGGUGGAGGCCAGUGUCACGGUGGGCCUGACCACCACAAUUUCACCGGGCUACAAGCGAUGCCAGGAGAAGGCGUGCUCCAUGAAACACCAUGACAACUUCCACCAGGCCUUCAGCGACCGGGAGACGGAGGUGAUGGGAGGCCGGGCCCGGCAAGGGGCCGACCUCUUGUUCUCCGGGGAUGGCAUGGCCUUCGCCCGCUGGAUGGACAGCUUGCUCGCCUCCCCGGGCCUUGUGCGCUAUGCCCUGGCACCGCUGCACCACCUGCUGCCCGCUGGCGACCUCAGGCAGAAGAACCUGCGGCGCUACAUCAGUGAGUACAUCAUGGAUAAUGCCCUCUCCCAGAAAUGUGGAGCGGGUUCUCGGUGCCCUCACGGGUCCUACCGUGAUCCACGCCAACCCUGCUCCUGCCUGUGUCGCGAGGACAGCCGUGUGGACCGCAACUGCUGCUCCAAGAUGAAGGGACUGGGCCACCUAGUGGUCACUGUCCAGGAGGGCCGGGACCUCUGGGGGGACGUCUUCUCGGGCACCGACGGCUACGUGGUGGUCAGGUACGGCCAGGCGCAGGCCAGGACCUCGGUGAUCUCAGGCAACAACAACCCCAGGUGGAACGCCAAGCUGGACCUUGGCCAGGUCAAGGCAGAGAGCGGGCACAAGCUGACUAUCGAAGUCUGGGACCAGGACGACAUCA